UUAGCAACGACGAACGCGCCGCUAGCUGGUGUGCUAGCUGGUGUGCUAGCUGGUGUGCUAGCUGGUGUGGCCCCGGAGCCAGCGGGGCAGAAAGGAAACAUGGACGAUGACGAAGAUCUUGACGAUCUUUUGGACGAAGUAGAAAAAAAGUUUUGUCGCAACGUUUCUGUCGCAUCUUCAGCUCGAGCGAGGGACACGAGCGAGGCCGGAGGAGCGAGGAGGCUCAGUGCCAUAAAACCUGUCGCGCAGCGAAGCAGCAUCACUGAGGAUAUAGAUGCACUUCUGCAAGAAUUAGUGGAGGAUGAACAUGGAGAUUUCCACCAGUCAAAGAGAGAAAAACUCCCGAAAGAAGCACGAGUGGAACCGAAGCCUCCGUCUCAGUCUGGAGGGAGAAAGUGCUGUCCUGUGUUCGUGGGCGGAAGUUCUGUUACAAAUGGCGUUGGAACAGCCACAUCCAAGAGGUCCUGUGACCAGCUGAGGUGUAUAUCCUGUGACUUCAGGGUGCUGAUGUUUGAUGACUGUGAGUGGGACUCGUCCUGUGAUUACCUGUUCCUCAGGAACAACGUGCCGGACCGUCAGAAGCUCCGAGCCAAACUGAAGAAGAGGAGAGGUUUCCGGGCUUACGCCUGCCAGUGCAGCUGGUUCUCCUCCUCCUCCUCUUCCUCAGAGCCGACAGACCUCGGGGUCCACCCUCAGCUCAGAUGGGUCUGUGGAAAACACCAGGACUGACGUUCAACUGUUAGAAACUGGAACGAAAAUGAACGAAACCCGAAAGAAGAACUUGUGUUUUUCUUUUCUCCCUCUGUCUGUUUUUCUCCGGUCGAUCCACUCGACUUUUGAACCGUCAGAGAUGCUGUAAAGUUGCAAAAUCCAAAUUUGAAUAUGAAUAUCUGCAGUAAAUCUGCCCCUGAUGUGAAGCUGCACCGAAUCACAAACACUCAUAGAUAUCAGACCAUGUCUGACUUCUUCAUCAAGAUCCAUGAAUUAUUCUCUGAGAAAUCAGUGAGUGUAAAAGAAAGUGUCGUAUGUCACAGAGAAUCAAACCCGAACAGGCUCAUCAGUGUUACUGCUGAUUCUCAUCAACAAGUAUGUUGCAGCUCUAAUAUUUCCAGUCUGUCCCAAUGAAUCUGUAAAGUGUGA